AGUCUGCCAUCAGCUUCCACGUUGUCCAAGGGUCACCAAAGUCCAAGAGGCCUCCUGGGAAUGUGUCACCUUCCAGCGUGGAGUCACACUGGGGAGGAAGGUGAGGAGGGCAGCCCAGUGAGGAUUUAAAUGUCUGACUGGUUCUGAGCUUCAAUCAGUUCCACCAGCAGUACAGUGAGCUGCCUGCGAACCUCUCCUCUGGCCCCUCUGAAUCCAGGAAGGAUCUGGUGCAGUAAGAGACUCUCCCAGCCCAGCGAGGAGCCCAGGAUGUUCCUGAAGGCUGUGGUCCUGAGCCUGGCCCUGGUGGCUGUCACCGGAGCCGAGGCGGAGGUCAAUGCCGACCAGGUGGCCACUGUGAUUUGGGACUACUUCAGCCAGCUGGGCAACAAUGCCAAGAAGGCGGUGGAACACAUCCAGAAGUCUGAGCUCACCCAGCAGCUCAACACCCUCUUCCAAGAUAAACUUGGGGAAGUGAGCACCUACACGGACGACCUGCAGAAGAAGCUGGUGCCCUUUGCCACGGAACUGCAUGAACGGCUGACUAAGGACUCCGAGAAGCUGAAGGAGGAGAUUCGCAAGGAGCUGGAGGAGCUGCGGGCCCGACUGCUGCCCCACGCCACCGAGGUGAGCCAGAAGAUCGGGGACAACGUGCGCGAGCUGCAGCAGCGCCUGGGACCAUACGCAGAGGAGCUGCGCACCCAGGUCGACACCCAGGCGCAGCAGCUGCGGCGCCAGCUGACGCCCUACGCGGAGCGCAUGGAGACGGUGAUGCGGCAGAACCUGGACCAGCUGCAGGCCUCGCUGGCGCCCUACGCCGAGGAGCUCCAGGCCACGGUCAACCAGCGGGUGGAGGAGCUCAAGGGGCACCUGACGCCCUACGCGGACCAGCUCCAGACCAAGAUCGAGGAGAACGUGGAGGAACUGCGCCGCAGCCUGGCCCCUUAUGCUCAGGACGUCCAGGGGAAGCUCAACCACCAGCUGGAGGGCCUGGCCUUUCAGAUGAAGAAGCAUGCCGAGGAGCUGAAGGCCAAGAUCUCGGCCAAAGCCGAGGAACUGCGGCAGGGGCUGGUGCCCGUGGUCAACAGCGUGCGUGGAAGCCAGCCGGGCAACGCCGAGGGCCUGCAGAAGUCCCUGGCCGAGCUGAGCAGCCGCCUGGACCAGCAGGUGGAGGACUUCCGCCGCACCGUGGGGCCCUAUGGCGAGACCUUCAACAAAGCCAUGGUGCAGCAGUUGGACGCGCUCAGGCAGAAGCUGGGCCCCCUGGCGGGGGACGUGGAAGAUCACCUGAGUUUCCUGGAGAAGGAUCUGAGGGACAAGGUCAGCAGCUUCUUCAACACCCUCAAGGAGAAGGAGAGCCAGGCCCCCGCCCUCCCCGCGCAGGAGGAGAUGCCCGUCCCUUUGGGGGGUUGAGUUGCCCCUGGUGCCCCCGCCCCACCACUGACACCUGCCCUGCCCUGCCCCCUGUCUGUCUGUCUGUUCCAAAGCAGUUCUUGUACAGACCUGCAGAUACAUGUCCAGUGGAAAGUGAUGCUACCUCUCGCUUCUCAAUAAAGUUGCUGAGAAACUA